AUGGUAGAGCUCAGGGAGGAGAAAAAGGAGAAGGUUGAGCUGAAGUGUUGGGCGGGCUUCGCCACGGAAGAUAAAAUGAGAGAAGUGUUGAAGCUGACUCCGCAGCGCAUAGCCGCCAUCAAGGAAUUUUGUGAGAAGCGCGAUGGCUUUACAAAGUGGGAUAAAUACGAGGCCAAAUUGCAAUACUGGGUGGAGGAGGAGGUGGAAGCGUCAUGGACUAGCAGCCACACCCGUUCUCGCACGGAAACCGGGGAGGUUGAAGUUGAGGGAAACAUGCAAGAUUCUAUGCUUGGGGCUUUAGGCCCUGUGGGGCUCGAUAUGAAAGCAUUGGCGACCGCAGGCGUGGUGACACAUGACAUGGGAACAAGUGCCUGCCACAGGAUGAUCGAGAAGUUGGAGAAUAAGAUCAAAGAGUUGGAGAAGGUCCAUGACCAAAUCAACGAUAUCUACUGCAGUGGGGCAGUAGAGGGCUAUACACCUGAGCAAGAGAAGGAGUUGCUUGCGGCCUACAAGAGUGCCAUGAAGGCCAAGGCCAAUUCGGCUGAGAAAAGUGAGAAAGGUGGCAAAGCCGCCAAAGUGAAAGCAGCCCCUGCCAACCAGCUCAAGAAGAACGUUCGAGCAGCCAUGGAUGAAUGUGGGGACCACCUCAGUACGAGGACAUUGGAACGGGCAGCGAACUGCAAAUCCCUAAAGAAUGCCGAGCGGGACCUCCAUGGACUGAUCCGCAAGCUUGGAAUGACCAUGCCCUUCAAACCAAUGACUAUGUGUUGGGGGCAAAAGCGCCUGGAUGUCGAUGUACUCCCUUUGAAGACAUGGUUCAACUACCUUUUGUCCAGUCAGCCCCAUCUCUUGCUUGGAGGAUUUACUGGUGGGCCCCAUGCAAAGCUACUGCUGGAAACAUACUGGCAGAACAAUCGGCCUAUCAUGCCGGAUCACGCUGUGUAUGCUUUACAUGAUGACAGGCUGUCACAGUGUGUUCCUUUCUACUUGCACCUUGAUGAAGGUGUUGGUCAACGGAAGCGCGGAGUGCUGAUAGUGGCAUCGCAGGGUGUGUUUGGCCAGGAGACUCGAACUCGCUUCUUAGAGAACAUGCAGAAAGGGAGGGUUCGCUCUAUGCAGGAUGGAACGGAUCGCAUGUCAGCUGCCCAAUACCACACGGCCAAGGGCAGCACCUACAAAACGAGGUUUCUAUAUACAGCAAUCCCAAAGCAGAACUACAACAAGCGGAACGCUGAUGUGUAUGACUGUUUGAUUGAAAGCCUGUCUCAAGAGACCACGGAGCUCUUGCAAACGGGACUCCAGGUUGGCAGCAAGACCUGGUACCCAAUCUGCGUGGGGCUGAAGGGCGAUGCCCCUGCACUGGGGAAAGCCGGUCGUUUCACAAGGUAUUUUGCCACUAUGGGCAAAGACAAAGGCUGCUGUCCGGAUUGUAUGGCUGGAGUUUGUAGUGCAGCGCCGUUUGAGGAUUGUGAGCCGGAUGCUGCAUGGAUUGGAACAAUAGGCCUGGAGCGGCCUUGGAACCCCAACAAUGUGAGCCCACUGAGCAAUGUGCCUGGACGGCAGUACUUGCCAGAGUUCUUCUACAAGCGGGAUCCAUUUCAUGUCUUCAAGCAAUCCUUGGCUGGCCACUUCAUCUCGAGUGCCAUAGUGGUAAUGGGUGAGUUGGGAUACUUCACAGAUCUCCCUGGUCAGUCGUGCGCAGCAGACAAGCUGCUUGAGCGAGGAUAUGAGGACUUUGCUUACUAUGUGAAGCACGAGUUCCGCGGAAAGAGUAUCAAUCACAUCAAGGCUUUCACAAAAGAGAUCCUGCAUUGGCCGCGGAUAAACUCCUACCCGGCGGCAAGGUUUAAGGGCUCAGAUGCAAUGAUGCUGCUGAGGUGGUUGAAGCAGCUGGUGUCCAUGGGCCCUGUUGGCAGCGCCGGCCUCCUCCGACCUGGCAUUUCCUUGGUAGAUCACCCAAAGGAAGACUCGCACAAACCUGUGCUUUGUGAAAUGCUCAAAGCAUGUGAAGGUGGCCUCCUGUUCUUUCAGAUCAUGCACAAGGAAGGCAUUUGGCUUCUUCGUGAUCAGGCGGAGCAAAUGGGAGCAGCAUGCCAAAGGUUUUGUUCCUCAUACUCCCGCCUUGCUCAGCAGUGCUUUUCAUGGAAGUGGAUGCGGUUUAGGAUGGAACCGUGUUUGCACCACUACUGCCACUUUGGGGUGGAUAUUCGGGAGACCCUGAACCAAUCCCCAGAAAUUCAAUGGAUCCCAAGUCCUGCUCCGCAGAACUGCGAGCAGGACGAAGAUUUUGUGGGCAAAGUUGCCCGGCUGAGUAGGAAGGUUCACAUGAUGACCAUGACACGUCGUGUGAUAGAACGGUACCUAAUUAAACUUUGGUUUGAGUUCAAUGAAGACAACAAGUGA